AUGGCGUCCUAUCCAAUAACAUUAGAGAACCAGAUCAGGAUACAAAAAAAUUGGGAAGCUAUUUGUGAUGAUCUUGAAGUUAGGGUGAUAUCCAAAAGACUCAUCACAACUGACGUGAUAACUACCACACAGUGUAAAGACAUCCUGCAGGAACCAACGCGUUUGAAACAAACCCAAAAGUUGUUGAAUCUUCUGCUUACUGGAGACAACCAGAAGUUUGACAAACUUGUCUCGUGUCUCCAGGAAGAUUACGCGUGGCUCGUGACUGGGCUUCUGAACACAUCAGUGACAGAGGAAGACAAACAAACGCGAAUAAGGACCGUUCUGGAAACGUGCUCUAUACCACAGCAUCCGACGUGCUUUGUGGGGCGCGAUGAAGAUGUUAGGAAGAUAACCGACAUAUAUCUUAAGGACAUGCGUCGCCUCGCCGUAAUAAAAUCUUUUGGAGGCCAAGAUGAUAUUCCUUUGUCCCUUCUUCUUGCUUUAAAAUCAUCAGCAGGGUUAAGCAGUGGUGCCACCAACGCUGAUCGUCUAAUAACCAAGGCCUGUCAAGAGAUAUCGUCGCACGGCAAAAAGAUACUCAUCAUACUAGACAACUGUGAGAGUGCUCUUGAGGACAAUACACAGAAACAUUUUUAUACCAUGCUACAGCGUUUGCUGCAUGAUUCAGAAGAAAAUUAUGCACGCUGCUUUGAUAUAUUAAACGAUUCUCUUGACAAGGCCGUUGCUCAUCACGAUUUAAGUAUGAAAUAUCUCGUACAGGCCGGAAUUGCAGGAAUCAAAGCCAGACAAGGAGAAGAGGAGGCCGUUUUAUCCACCUUGCAUGACAUUCUAAAUGCAAGCCCCGCAAAAGAUGGUAAGGAAGACGGAGUGGGUAUAGAUGCCUUGAAUGAUGCAGCCGUAGCUUUGGGUGGUAUUGGGAAAAAUGAGGAAUCUUUGCCAUUAUGUAGACGGGCAGUUGCUCUAGCAGAGGACUGCUAUGGUGAACAUCCUGACACUGCUAUUGUUCUCGUGAACAUGGGUUUUAUCAUGCAGAAGAAUGGGGAUAUAGAUGGGGCCAUAGAUGCGCUGAGAAGAGCAUUGUCUAUGAGCGAGAAGAUACUGGGAAAAUAUAACGAACAGACAGCAGACACAAUACAUGAAUUAGCUCGUGCCAUAUCUGCAAAGGGAAACCACGCAGAGGCUCUUAGUACAUACCAGACAGCUCUUCGUAUAAAGGAGCAAGUGCUGGGUAAAAGUCGUAGCACAGCCAAUACACUGCAUAACAUAGGUCAUGAAAUGAUAGAGAUAGGUAAUGUAGACGUUGCCGUGGAUGUCCUCAGGAGAGCACUGGCUAUAAAAUCGAAUAUACUGGGAGAAUAUCACGAACAGACAGCAGCCACAAUACACGAAUUAGCUCGUGCCAUAUCUGCACAGGGAAACCACGCAGAGGCUCUUAGAACAUACAAGACAGCUCUUCGUAUAAAGGAGCAAGUGCUGGGUGAAAGUCACAGUACAGCCACUACACUGCAUAACAUGGGUCAAGAAAUGAAAGCGUUGGUCAAUGCAGACGGUGCUGUGGACGUCCUCAGGAGAGCAGUGGCUAUGAAGGAGAAUAUACUGGGAGAAUAUCACGAAAGCACAGCAGUCACAAUAUAUGAAUUAGCUCGUGUCAUAUCUGCACAGGGAAACCAUGCAGAGGCUCUUUGUACAUACCAGAGGGCUCUACAUAUAGAGGAGCAAGUGCUGGGUGAAAGUCGUAGUACAGCAAAAACACUGCAUAACAUUGGUCAUGAAAUGAUAGAGAUGGGCAAUGCAGACGGUGCUGUGGACGUCCUGAGGAGAGCUCUGGCUAUGAAGGAAAAUAUACUGGGAGGAUAUCACAAACAGACAGCAGUCACAAUACACGAAUUAGCUCGUGCCAUAUCUGCACAGGGAAAUCAUCCAGAGGCUGUAAGUACAUACCAGAGAGCUAUUCGUAUAAAGGAGCAAGUGCUGGGUGAAAGUCAUAGUACAGCAAAAACACUGCAUUGCAUGGGUCAUGAAAUGAUAGAGAUGGGCAAUGCAGACGGCGCUGUGGAUGUCCUGAGGAGAGCUGUGGCUAUGAAGGAGAAGAUACUGGGAGAAUAUCACAAACAGACAGCAGUCACAAUAUAUGAAUUAGCUCGUGCCAUAUCUGCACAGGGAAACCACGCAGAGGCUCUUAGAACAUACCAGAGAGCUCUUCGUAUACAGGAGCAAGUGCUGGGUGAAAGUCGUAGUACAGCCAAAACACUGCAUAACAUUGGUCAUGAAAUGAUAGAGAUGGGCAAUGCAGACGGUGCUGUGGAUGUCCUCAGGAGAGCUCUGGCUAUGAAGGAGAAGAUACUGGGAGAAUACCACGAACAGACAGCAGCCACAGCACAUGAAUUAGCUCGUGCCGUAUCUACACAGGGAAGUCAUGCAGAGGCUCUUAGUAUAUACCAGAGGGCACUUAGUAUAAGGGAACGAGUGCUGGGUGAAAGUCUCAGUACAGCCAGUACACUGAAAUUGAUAAGUAAUGAAAUGAUAAAGACGGGUAAUGCAGACGGUGCAGUGGAUGUCCUCAGGAGAGCUCUUGCUAUGAAGGAGAAGAUACUGGGAGAAUACCACCAACAGACAGCAGACACAAAACAUGAAUUAGCUCGUGCCAUAUCUGCACAGGGAAACCACGCAGAGGCUCUUAGUAUAUACCAGAGAGCUCUUCGUAUAAAGGAGCAAGUGUUGGGUGAAAGUCAUAGUACAGCAAAAACACUGCGUAACAUUGGUCAUGAAAUGACAGAGAUGGGCAAUACAGACGGUGCUGUGGACGUCCUGAGGAGAGCUCUGGCUAUGAAGGAGAAGAUGCUAGGAGAAUAUCACGAACAGACAGCAGCCACAGCACAUGAAUUAGCUCGUGCCAUAUCUGCACAGGGAAACCACGCAGAGGCUCUUAGAACAUACCAGAGAGCUCUUCGUAUACAGGAGCAAGUGUUGGGUGAAAGUCGCAGUACAGCCAAAACACUGCAUAACAUUGGUCAUGAAAUGAUAGAGAUGGGCAAUGCAGACGGUGCUGUGGAUGUCCUCAGGAGAGCUCUGGCUAUGAAGGAGAAGAUACUGGGAGAAUACCACGAACAGACAGCAGCCACAGCACAUGAAUUAGCUCGUGCCGUAUCUGCACAGGGAAACCACGCAGAGGCUCUUAUUACAUACCAGAGAACACUUCGUAUACUGGAGCAAGUGCUGUGUGAAAGUAAGAUGACAUCUAUUACGCUGCAUAAAAUGGGUCAUGAAAUGAUAGAGAUGGGCAAUGCAGACGGUGCUGUGGAUGUACUCAGGAGGGCUUUGGCUUUAGAGGAGAAGAUACUGGGAGAAUACCACGAACAGACAGCAGGCACAAUACAUGAAUUAGCUCGUGCCAUAUCUGCACAGGGAAACCACGCAGAGGCUCUUAGAACAUACCAGAGAGCUCUUCGUAUAAAGGAGCAAUUGCUGGGUGAAUGUUUCAGUACAGCCAAUACACUUUCCUGCAUAGGUAAAGAAUUGACAAAGCUGAAUAAAAAGGUCGAAGCCCUGAUUGCUUUUUUAAGGGCGAUAGCUAUGAUUAUAAAAACCUGCUGGAAUAAUACCAAACUUAGGCUUCAGUGA